GCGCGGCUCCGCCCCCGCGGGGAGGGGGCGUGGCUUGCCGCCGCCCUGGGGACGCGGAGCCGGGCGGCAGCGGUGGCGGCUGCUCGUGGCGCCUUGCGUCCCGGCCCGGCCCGGCUGCGGCGGCGAUGUCCGCCGGCGGCGGCGGCGGCUCCUCCUGGCACAGCGCCUUCUCCCGCUUCUUCGCCCGCGGCCCCUCCCGUCAGCGCCCGGCGGCCGCCCGCAGUUUUGAAAACAGAGGAAAUGAAGCCAUAAAUUUAAAGGGCAAUCAGAAGGAAAGUACAACUCUUCCUGCACUGCUGACGGUUUGUCAAAAUGAGGAGAAGAACCAUUCCACGGAAGAACUUAGCAAUUCUGAAAUCCAUGAAGAGUUAAAAAAGGCUAAUAGCCUUCCUAGUUUGACACCUGGAACCAAAACAGCAGAUAAAGACAAGCAACCCAGAGAAGGCUUUUUUCAGUUUCUUGGAAGCUUAUUUAAUAUUGCAUCAAAAUCUUCUUUGGUAGAAUCUAAACCAUCUACCUUCCAAAAUGAACCCAGCAGAUAUGAAAAGGAUUUACACAACAGAAUUAUGCUUCCAGAGGAUAGGCAUCCAAAGAAUCUGAAAAUUGAAGAGCCUAUCUGUUCUACAGCUGGAAUAAAAGAGGGUUCUGUAAAUAAAGAUGACACCAUCUUAAGCAACAUUGAGAAAGAUACCUCACAGGAUCUACAAGGAGGCUGGAAACGAUCUGCAGAUGUGCUAAAGCAGAUGCAACGGAAACCAAAAUCACCUGCAGUUACUUAUGCAACAUAUCGAGGUUCUGCACGGAUUAGGCAACUACUGAAGAACCAGUCAGGGAUGGCUGAAAGAGAAGAAGAAAGUACCAAGAACAGAAAUGCUUCCUUUGUCAAAGAAAACGGAGAAAUCCAAACAACAGUGUCUUCAAAAUCAGGAUGUUUAUUAAAAGAAAAUGGAGGAGAUGAGGUUAAAGAUAAUGAAGAUGAUGUCACAGUAAAUUCUUCUACCAUUAAAAAAGAACUGAAAAAGUCUGGUAAAGCUCAGCAUUGCUUGGGUAGCAGUAAACAUGAAAUAACUGCAAAUACCUCUGCUUCAUCUACUGAUUCAUCUAAUGAAGUAGACUUAAAACAUGCACCAGCUUUAGAUACAACGAGAGUGAAGAGGGCAUAUUCACUAGAUUCAUUAUUGUCAUCUAGUAGGGACAGUGAGAUCCUGAUCAAGCCCGCUUGCCAGAGUACCGAUUCUGUUACAAUGAGUCCUGCAAAUCGUUUGGUGGAAAAAGAAAUGGGAAUGCUAGGAGAAUCAGAAGCUCAGUUUCACACAUACAAAAAUGCUACUUCUAACAUCGAUAAAGACAUUCAUUGUAGCAAAGCAUCUAAUAAGGAAUCUGCAAAAAAAAUGCAGAAUGAUAGUUUACAUUCACCCAAAUCAAAAAGCAAGACAGUAAACAAAGGACUAUGGCUGAGAGAGGGAGAAUAUUGCAGUAAUCAUCAAACAGAGAGUCCCUCAGAGCUAACAUCGGAUGUCCAGAUUCUUCAUUCCACUGCCACUGCAUUUCAACAGCAAACAGAUAGUGCAAAUAAAGAUAGCGACCCUAGAAAACGUGGUGCACAGAGAGUUGUGGCAACUGUAGGAAGUGAGCAAAAUCCACAAAACUGUAUUUCUGCUGUGCGUUUACCUUUUAAUGAAGAAAUACCUACUUCACUUAGCAUAGAGUGCAAAGGAGACAAAUGCAUAGCUACAGGUAAUCCAGCUGCUUCAGUGGCAUCUAUUAAAAAUGAUGAAGACACAGUCAUGGACAGGGGAACCAGUAAUGAAGAACUGAGUGAAUUAGGGAAAACAAUGCAUGUACAAAAUGAUCGCCAGUUAAUCCUUGUGGACAAUAGUAAGGAUGCCAGUGCAGAACAGUUUGGUUUACCUUCUCCAGAAACUGAGGGUGUUGAAGCAAUGAAGGUUUUAUCUGAGUUUACAGUGGAAAAUCUUGACAAUGCAUCAUCUUGCAUACAUGGAUGUGAAAGUCUGAAGUCUAACUUUGGUGAGCUGAUAGCACCUCUCUCUGUUUCUUACCAGUUGUCUUUUGAAACUGGAGACUGUUGCUCUGCUUCUCAUCUUUCUAGUUCCAAGUCUGAAAAUAAAACUACAGGGGAGAGAGAAGCCAGUUUAAAAGAUGUGAGAGACACUAUUUCUUGCCCUGAUCUCAAAGAUGAGAAGAACAAAUCCCUUGAGCUUGUAGAGAUAAGCCUCUCAGGAAAUUCGGUUCCUGUCCAUGAACUUGGUGCUGUUUCCCUUAAAACUGUUCAAAACAUUCCUGCCAAGACAUCAGUUGCACCCGCAGAAGAUAACACAGCAAAGACUGUACCUUGGCCUUUAAUCAGUGUUGACAGGACAGAUUAUGCUAUUGCUGCUGCUUCUAAAAUGGAGAAGGCUGAUUUGUCUGAGACUGCUCCUGUUCCUUUUCAGUCUAAGGAUUACGUCUCUGAAUUUUCCUCUCAUAUUUCUAAGUCACAAGAAGAAAUUCUGGAGCUUUCACAUUCUGCCUUGAUACAUGGAAGGAAGCCCUUGACCAACCAUUGCCGUUUCGUCUGUGAAAAAGUUGUUGAUGUAGACAUCAUUGCUGAAUCUCCACCUAGUUCUGAAGAUAGGGAUAUGAAUAUUUCUUCCAAAAAUGAAAACAGUAGUAAGCCUACAAUAUCACCUGCUGUAUUUAAUUCUUCAUCCAACAGCCAUCAAAAAGCGCCUUCUGCCAUUAACUCUGAAAAUGGCAAAGUUGCCAAAUCAUCUGCUGCUUCUGAACAGAAUGGCCAGUCCAGCUGUACUUCUGCUGCUGCUGAGCUGAGACGAAUUAUUCCCAAGGACAGGAUGACCAAGAUGCCGCUUUGCCCAGAAGACCCAAGAGCUUUGUGCCAAGCUGUUUCUCUGGAAUCUGACGCUACCAUAGCUGAAUCUGAUCGCUCUGUUGCUAAAGUAGAUGUGUGGGGAGCUUGCAUCCCCAAACCUACUUCACCAUCCAAAGGAACCUGCAACCUUCCUGUUUCUGCCCUUGAAACAUUGAGCGUUGCCCAGGGGAGCAAUAAUUCCCCUAAUCAUAGACCCAGUGAUGGGGCAGAGAAUGCAUCCGCUGCACAAAAGUCUGAUGGCGGUGUGUUGGUUAAGAAAAUAUCAUCACCUAUCUGCCCUUUGAAAUCUUUGCAAAUGGUAUCUGAGCCGGUCUGUACUGAGAAUGUGUGCAGAAAUACUGUGAAAGAGGUGACUGUUUAUAAUCAUGUUCCUGCUAUCUCAGAAAACUCUUCUAAAAUUGGUGAUCAAGCAGCUGUUUCACUUACAGAAUCAAAUGAGCCCUGUUCUGAGGAAAUUUUGAAAGAUGAGGAUACGGAAGGGCAAGAACGUGCUGAAUUCCAAGAUGCUGCUCUUUUGUUUAAAAAAGCUGAGGAAAUAGUGGAGUCAGUUUUACACUUGGCUAUAGAAGAAAUAAUAGCAAAACAAGCAGUUGAUGUCUGCCAGGUUUGUGGAAGCAAGGAUAGUUUAAUAAAUCUGAGUAUUCUAAAUGAUCAGAAAACUGGAACUGUACAGCUGGAAGCAGAAGAAAUCCAGUCAGCUGUGCAAUCAUUAAAGCAGUUUAACGAGAGCCAUGCAGGAAGCUUAUCUUCAUUUACAGAAAAGGAAACAGUUGAUACAAAUAAUCAAGAUGAACAGAUUCCCUUUUACAUCCCUGAUAAAAUUGACCUACAUAGUUCACUGGCACUGAAAGCAAGAGAAAUAAUUGAUGAAGUUAUUAACUCAGCCAAACAAAAACUGACAUCCAAUCAGUGGCAAGGCAGUGAGAGUAGAAAACCUUCUGAAAAAUUUGAGCCUAACCCUAAGGCUGAAACCCCAAAGAUUUUAAAACCAGACAUUAAGUUAUCUGCCAAAAUACAGGAAUUAACCAAAGAAACAACAGAAAAGGUGGAGGCUCAAAACGUAACUAUAAGCACUGAUAAAGCAGAUUACUCAGACCUUCCUUUGCUUCCAAAUAGUACGGAAAAUAACAUACAUUGGCCAAAAAGAGGUGAAAUGAUACCAAAUAAUGUAUUUACAUGUCAAACAAAUAGAUUUCUCCCUGCUGACAGUUUAGCAAAGCCAGAAUCUGACCUUACAAUAGUAGCAAAAGAGAAACAUACUAAAAAGGUGUAUGAAAAUAUGACUGCCACAGAGACAUGUGGCAAAGGUAAAGUAUUGGCAACCAGUAGCAAAUCUGAUGUGUCUUUACAUUUAGUAAAUAGAGAUGCUGCUGUGGCUGAAGAGAUGUUUCUGCCAUUGUACUUAAAAGAUCCAUGCAAUAGUACAAACACACCAGAGUGCACAUUGCAGCCAACUGUAAAUGUUAAUGUGUCAUCUUUUAUGCCUGAUGAAGAAAAUAUCAGCAUGCAGAGUGAAUCCAAAGACAAAAGCAGUCCUCGGGGUUCUCUGGAAAGCAGGGCAGAGAAAACUCUGUAUGAGCACUGCGAAAGGGAGGCUGCAGAAGUAUCUGCACAAGUAAGAGCAACUUUAGAAGAUUCGAAAGCAGAGAAUAAAGAAGAAUCAGCAGAAGGAACAAGUGAGAUAACACAGGUUGAUGUUGGAUUAAAUACACAGUUCAUUGCAUUCGAAUUGCCUGCUAUUGGAGAGGACAGUGAAGGGAAAAAAUACUUGAACACAGUCUUUGCCCAAAAUAAUAAGACACUAAAACAGGUACAAAUGAAGGAUAGUGACAUGCAAACAGAUGAUCGUCUUGAAAAAAAUGACCUGGACUGCAGCAAUGACAUGGAGGAAUCAGCAGAUCUUUUGGCCUUUUCUCCACCAAUUGAACAGGGGGAGAACAGUUCUUUUACUAUAAUUUAUGAAGGUGCUCUUCAGACUGAGAAUAAAUCUGUGUCCACUGAUGAGAUGCAGACUAGCUCCCUCUCUUCUUCUGAUCUGCCAUUGGAUAAUAUAGAUCAUCUUCUAAUGUGUGAAAGAGCAAAGAAUAAACAUGAACCAGCCUAUCCUUAUGAAAGGGAUAACAAAUUGAAUGAAGCAAUGGACAGCCGUAUCUCGGAGUCAUUUCUGAAUGUAGAGGCUAAGCGCUAUAGAAUAUAUCCUUUUUCACUGUCUCCAAUAUAUGAAGAUGACAGCUCCCAAGAAGACGUGCUAUCCACAGAUGUGUCUCCAGAAGGUGAUCCUAGCAGACUAUCUAAAGAUAAUGCUGACCAUUCUUCUGUGCUGUCCCUUCUCCAGUCAGUUUCUGAGCGCUUGCAAUUUACUACUCAGCUUAGUGAAGAGGACGAAGUGGAGGAGGAGGAGGAGGAAGAAUCAUUUUAUGAAGAAAAUAUUCUUGAUGCUGACAGAGAAGAAGAAUGUGUUUCCAGUCAGUGGACAGGGAAUUUAAAAACAACUUCUCCAUCAAAUGAUCAAAAUAGGUCUUUGUAUCCCAAACAAACACCUUUUCUUUCAAAAGAACAACUGAACUCUAUGGAGCAGCCAGAACUGUUUCCAGAUGCUGCUUCUUCCAGUCAAACACGUUCUAAGCCAGGUUCACAGAAAGUUGAUGCAGCUGUAAAGCGUGCUUCUACAAGUGUGUAUUACCAAUAUUUGCAAUCUGCCAGAAAUUACUCCUCUGAGAAGGGAGCCAGAUUUGGAAGCAUUCUGCAGGAUAUGUUGCAGCCAAAGAGUCGUUGGUCCCAAGAUUAUGCCUUGCCAAAAUUGGGAGAGUUGUCAGCGAGCUUCAUUGACAGGGCAAGUCUCAAAUACAAUCCAAGGCCAGGAAAGAUUAUUAUUUAUGACAUUCAUGACAACAAAAGUAAACAAGAAAUUCAUUCUGAUGUGCUAGAUACCACAUCCUGGAUCUUUCCAAUUGGAGCAUUACUUAGGAUAAUUAGAGGAAGCUGGAUAUUUUAUGAGAAACCAAACUUCCAGGGUCGGAAAUAUGUACUAGAAGAAGGAGAAACUGUUCUCGAUCACCUUUGGGAUCUUCCAGGCAUGAAACAUCGUCGACAAAACCUCAUAGUUGGUUCAAUCAAACACGUAACAAAGGAUUGCAGCAUUCCAGAGGUGGAGUUCUGCCUGGGAGUUGGAACAGAGGGAUUUCCCAUCUGCAUACAGAGUGCAGUCGCCAAUUUAGAAGAACUGGAUGUUGAAAAAAACCCUUAUAUAAGGGUCAAAUCAGGAGUAUGGCUUGCUUAUUCAGACCUUAAUUACAAGGGAGAGAUGAAGAUUUUGGAAGAAGGCAAUUCACCAUCUGAAAUUCCUUCAGCAGAUGUGAAAUCCCUACGUCCCUUAAAAAUGGGUGGACUAAAGGUACAAAUGCCUAUGAAUGUCAAGAUAAUAAUAUAUGAGAAAACUCACUUUGGAGGAUGGUCCAAAGAGUUUUCUGAAAACAUCGGUUCUGUCUCAGCUCUGUUGGGUAAUGAAGAGGAUUUUCAGGAAAUUGGAUCAAUACGUGUCAUUGGUGGAGUAUGGGUUGCCUAUGACAAGGAAUGCUAUAAAGGCCAUCAGUACCUGCUGGAGGAGGGCGAUUAUGAAGACAGACACUCAUGGGGGGGAACUGACACUGUCCUGUUGUCUUUCCGGUUCCUUCAGGCUGAUUUCAUAGAGUCAUCAGUGACACUUUUUCAGUCUGAUGAUGAAGAUGGGAAAGCAUUGGACAUUGUCAAUGAAGAAAUUCCUGAUUUGGAGCAGGCUGGAUUUGGCCCAGAGACAAGGUCGAUUCUUGUGAGAAGCGGAGUGUGGGUUGCCUAUCAACAGAAAUAUUUCUGUGGAGAACAAUAUGUAUUGGAGAAAGGAAAAUACAAGUGUUUCUUUGACUGGGGAGGGUCCAAUAAAAUCAUCAUGUCAAUUCGCCCUGUUAAGUUGGAACCACUUGGAACGAAUGAGCCUCCUCAUUUGCUCAAAGCUUUCAGUAAUACACAUUUCCAAGGAGCAUGUAUAGAUUUCACAGCAGAAGUUUCUGAUUUUACAUCAUUCAUACCAUGUUCUUUUAAGGUUCUUCGGGGAUGUUGGCUCCUGUAUUACCAAGGGGAAAUUACUGACAAUCAUUGUGUGCUGGAAGAAGGCCUCUACCCUGACCUCACUUCCUGUGGCUGCCCCACCGCUACAAUCAAAUCCCUCAAGCCUAUUGAAUAUGUUUUUGCUGAGCCCUCCAUCAGUCUGUUCACUGUGGAAAGCUGCAAGGGCAGAGAGCUGCACUUCAGCAAACCUGUCAGUUCUGUUCUGAAUGAGGACCUUCAUUUUAACACGCAGUCCGUAUGGGUGAGAAGUGGAUUGUGGAUUGCGUAUGAAGGAUGUAAUUUUUUAGGAAAGCAGAUUCUGCUGCAGCCCAGUGAGAUUUCACACUGGAAUGAGUACAGUGGCUGGAAAGUAAUUGGUUCCCUUCGUCCUAUAAAGCAGCCAGCCGUGUACCUCAGAGUUAAGAACCGAGCUCAAGGUAAAUAUUUGACAGUUGCUGGAAGCCUAGCAGAUAUAAGAGCAACAUCAGUGUGCACGUCUCCGUACAAUGGCAAGAAUACCCAGAUCUGGCACUACUGUCAUGGACUCUUCAAAUCCAAGGCUAAUGAUGCCUGUCUGGAUGUCAUCGGUGGUCGAGAUGUGCCUGGGGCCAAAGUCGCGCUCUGGGCAGAACACAGGAAGGACAGGCAAAAGUGGAGACUCAAUGAGGAUGGAACCAUCAGUUCAUACCUCAGCAACCAACUGGUGCUUGAUAUUAAAGGAGGAAACUAUUAUGACAAGAAUCACAUCAUUAUGAAUCAGCCCAUAGAGGAUGAACAUUCACAAAAAUGGGACAUUGAAAUACUGUGAGUAAAAACCGACCACGCAGAUUUGGGAAGAUGACCUUAUGUGGAUUAUUAACAUUUGGAGAAAAAGAACUACUGAAGUCACAUACCACUGGAACCUUAAACAGCAAAUCCUCUCUGCUCUCCUUCAUGCCAAGCACUGAUUCCUAAAACAACUGAAUUUUGCACAAAUCUGGAGGAGGUGAAGUUGAUCUAAUGUCUUCCGCAAGGACUGCACUCUGAUCUGAUUCUUUAGAGGCCACUCCUAUGAAAUUCAUUAUUACUGCUCAUCUGAAGUAUUAAAGUAAAUGUGUAAGACUGGAGAGAAGCUUUGCAGGACAUGAACUGCAAGAUAAUAUGGAAAAGACACUUUAGAAAUGAUGCCUUUACCUUCCUCUCAAAAGCUGAUGGAAACUUGCUGAAGAAUGAAUGCACUAAUGAGCUUGAAUGAGGUUGAGUUGAACUGUUUUACAUCCCAAGUAAAACUGUUUAGCCUCCAAGAGAUCCUGAAUCUCAAAUCAUCUCUCUUGCUGAAGUACAGUUUAUUUUGUUCAUAAAGACAACUUUGAACUGGAAUUCCCAGCUCAGUGAGCGAAACAGAACAGUAUAAAAACCAUAACUUUUACCUCUCUACCAUUACUAGUAAAAUCACCUUCAUUUGUUUUAACAGUACCAAAUAUCUGGAUUCAGGAAUUUAUUUUGCUGACCCAUGGAUUGUUUCCAACCCAUGAAAUUGUGAGCAAGUUGUCUCUAAAGAUGAGCUUUAACAUACAGCCAUGUGUGCACACAGCAAAAGAGAAUAAACUAUCCUGGAUCAGGCUAGAUUUCUAUAAGGGCUAGCUGAAUUUAGAGCAGUAAUGAUUUACUCCAGCUGUAUUUUGUUUGAUGUAUAUAAAUUAAUUUAAUGCAAUCCUUCACAAAAUAAUUCACCAUAGUAUGUAUUUUCAAAGGUGCUAACAUGCAUUCAAACACUUGCUUACUAUCAGAGGAACCAUGUACUGCAUGCUAACUUCACUCUCAUCAGCAACAUGUACAGCUUAACCUUUGGAUGAGGAAUUAGACUAAUGAAGACAAGCCCUUGGUAUGUUGGCAAUUUCCUUAAUUUCAAUACUGUGCAACCAUCCUACUAGCUAACUGCUGAGAGAGAGCAAAAUACCUUACUGGACUUUAAAUGUUGCAGGCUUAAAAGGUCUGUUCCUCUCUCAAUACUGACAAAUACAGAAGGAACUGGAGCCAUUUGUAGGGCUGUGAACACCUGAAGUCCCUGGAAGGGAAGUCCCUUAAAUCAUUGGUAUCUUCAUUUAAUUUCAAUGUCACUGAUUUAGUAUACUUGAUUGACUAUGUAAUAUUGUCUUUCCUUAUUUGUAUAUUCAGGGUAUGUACUGCUAUAAUUAUUUAAAGAGUUUAGAUUCCCUAAAGAUAAAGAUACUGUUUUAGAUUCCAAAAGCUGUAACUAUUCCACUUGUGCAUUCAAGCAAGUUCAUCCUUAAAACAAACAAACAAAACACAACCUUGUUUGCCACAAAAGUAAAACAUAUGAAUGUCUAUUUUUGUAUGAAAUGGAGUUCCAUAUAGUACUAUUAAAAAAAAAAACCCUACCUACUUGCACUUACUAUUUUGCAUUCUAAAAUUAUAGAUGGUGUUUAAGUAACAUAUAUUCAAAUGUAUAUAUUUUUUCUAACUAAAGCACUCAUUUAGCUCUUUCUAUGUAAGUCAGUAUACCAGUGUUCUACAUAUGAUUUUUUUUGCUUUCCAUAUGCAAUUUUAAAAGCAUGUGUAAAAGCUCCAGCUGCUUAAACCAAGAUUGACUAAAAUCAUAAUUUGGUGUGUCAGUGUUACAUAAUGAAGUAAAUUAGGCUUUUUUUUUGUACUAAGAGAUCUUGAAUGUAAAAGGCUAAACAUGUAUAUUUUAAUUGUAUAAAACUUUUUAGGAAGAA